CUUUACGCUCAACUAAUAGACUGAAAUAGAAUAUGAGAGGAGUUAUUGUUUUUUUGUCGAUUCUAGCUGUGGCUUUCAGCGAUGAGAUAGAACUUGAAUCGAGGAUCGUUAACGGGUACAAUUCAAGACCGAACCAAAGACCAUUUCAAGUAUCUCUGCAAAAUCUUCGGGGUAGUCACUUCUGCGGUGGAGCCAUCGUAUCUCGCUACUGGAUCCUGACGGCUUCUCAUUGCACCGAUGGUAAACAAGCAAACCAAAUACGAGUCGUGGCUGGAACCAUCAACUACAAGAGGCCGGGUCAGGUCCGUCAGGCCACAAGGAUCAUCAUGCACGAGAGAUAUAACAAGAGAGACUCGUUCAGAAACGAUAUCGCCUUGAUAAGAGUAAGUCAACCAUGGGCAUACUCGCAGUCGGUGCGGGCCGUCCCUCUACCAGUGGCUCGCCAGAGGACCCCCGGCGGUGCUAACGCCGUCCUCUCGGGCUGGGGCAAACUCAGCGUUAAUGGCCGAAUACCCGAUAUUCUACAAGUGGUGUCGAUCAAGGUCACCGAUCAAAAUACCUGCGCGCGGGCCAUCAGGGCCACGGGAAGCAACGUUUACCCGACCAACAUCUGCGCCAACAAUCCUAGACGUAGACAAGGCCAGUGCAACGGGGACUCCGGAGGCCCACUGACCGUCAACGGCGUGAUUGUCGGCGUCGUCUCCUGGUCCAUCAAAGACCCGGAAUGCGCGAGUACGCGUUAUCCCGGCCUUUUCACUCGUGUGUCCGAGUACAUGGACUGGAUUAGUCCGAAAAUAAGGACUUGAUUGAGUUAAUUAUUAAAACGGUAGGACUACAAUGCAUCGUAAAAAGUCUACGACAAUCUGCUCGAAUUUUGUGUAAAAUAAUAAUUGUGUACACGUAUAGCCUUUGAGACUGUACGUUAAAACACGUUUUUCAUGUAGAUACUUUGAGAGUUUCAAAAAAUUCGAUUUUACACUUGUUAAUAGUAAAUACUUUUAAUUAUUAUUAAAAUGAUUCGUAUGACUGGACCGAAAUCAAUGUUAACCACUAAA